AUGGCUUCGCAAGAUGUACCCAAGACCUGCAAGGUCAUAAUGGCAGAAACGAUUGCCAAAGGUCUGCUGGCAGAGGUCAAGGAAACCCUGAAGUCCAUUCAGCAAGGGACUGAAGGUCAGCCUACUCUGGUCGCUUUCCUAGCAAACGGUGAUCCCGCAGCAGUCAAGUACGCCGAAUGGUCCAAGAAAACCUGUGAGGAGAACGGUUUCGACUUCGACUUGCGUCAAGUAGACAAGGACAAUCUGGAAGAAGGGAUCAUGGCCGCCAAUGAAGACAGCAAAGUCGACGGCAUCAUCGUCUACUACCCCAUCUUCCCUGGCAACCCUGCCCAUGACAAAUAUCUCCAAGAGAUCGUCUCGCUCUCCAAAGACGUCGAGGGACUUUGCCACAAGCACAUCUACAACAUGUAUCACAACGUGAGAUACCUGGACCCUCCACACAACCUGAAGAAGUCCAUCCUUCCGUGCACCCCGCUGGCCGUGGUCAAGAUCUUGGAACACCUUCAGAUCUACAACUCCAUCCUGCCCUCUGGCAACCGCCUGUUCGGCAAGACCAUCACCGUCAUCAACCGUUCUGAGGUCAAUGGCCGCCCGCUGGCUGCUUUAUUGGCUAAUGAUGGAGCCACGGUCUAUUCUGUCGACUUAAGUGGAACGCAAAUAUUCACCCGCGGCCAGGGCAUCCGUCAACCUCGGCACCAAGUCCAGGAUAAAGAAGGGUGGGGCUUGGAACAGUGUGUUCCCGUCAGCGAUGUUAUCAUUGGAGGUGUGCCCUCGGAGAAGUAUAAGAUUCCGACAGAGCUCAUCCGGGAUGGAGCUGUGUGCAUCAACUUCUCUUCGUACCGGAAUUUUGAUGGUCCCGCGGUGAAAGAGAAGGCAUCGAUAUACGUGCCUUCAGUAGGAAAGGUCACAAUUGCCGUUCUACUCAGGAACAUAGUGCGCCUAAUUGCGAACCGUCCUUCAACCAAAGCAGAUGGAUCAGCAGAUGAGAGCACGGCGAAAGCUAAGAGUGAGGCUUUCGUGGACGGUUGA